GAAUAAUUUAUAAAAAGCCCAGCUUUUCUUUGAAAAAAAAAAAAAAAUAAAUAAUCACUUUUUCUUCUUUCUUUCUUUUUUUUUAUUUUUUUUUUCCUAUAAAAACCGUCAUCCAACAUAAUGCCGAAAACCGGUGAAAAGAAAAACCUUUCAACACAUUUCUUAGCAGGUGGAGGUGCUGGACUAUGUGAGGCAGUAUGUUGUCAUCCCUUAGAUACGAUAAAAGUGAGGAUGCAGUUGAGCAAGAAGAGUCCAAGGCCGGGCUUCAUUACUGUUGCUUAUAAUAUUGCUAAGAAAGAAUCAAUAUUCGGCUUCUAUAAGGGUCUUGGUGCUGUAGUAACAGGAAUAGUACCGAAGAUGGCUAUUCGUUUUUCCAGUUUUGAGGCUUAUAAGGGUUAUUUAGCGAAUAAGGAGACUGGCAAAGUUUCAACCUCUGCUACAUUUUUUGCUGGUCUUGGAGCAGGCGUCACAGAAGCUGUGCUUGUUGUAACCCCAAUGGAUGUCAUAAAAAUCCGUCUGCAAGCCCAACGUCAUUCAAUGACUGAUCCUUUAGACAUUCCAAAGUAUCGUAAUGCAGCCCAUGCCACAUAUACUAUAUUAAAGGAAGAAGGAUUUCGAGCGCUGUAUAAAGGUGUAACUUUAACAGCUCUUCGACAAGCCACAAAUCAAGCUGUAAAUUUCACUGUUUAUCAGGAAAUGAAAAAACAGAUGAAAAAAUUACAGAACACGAAAGAUGGUCAAGAAUUGCCAACCUAUCAACAUUUAUUAAUGGGUGGUAUAAGUGGUGCUAUGGGACCUUUUGCAAAUGCACCAAUUGAUACCAUUAAGACUCGUAUUCAGCGUUCAAGUAGCCAUGAAAAAGGUUGGGCUAGAUUCAAAUCAGUGACUGUAGAUCUCAUCAAAAAAGAAGGUUAUAUGGCUUUGUAUAAAGGUCUUCUCCCUCGUUUAAUGCGUGUGGGUGUUGGUCAGGCCGUUACUUUCGCUUCAUAUGAGAAAAUUAAGAUCCUUAUUGAUGUAGUUUCGAAAAAGGGUUUGAUUGGUGUUCUUGAAGAUUCUAUCUAGGAAUAGAAGGAUCAUUAUGAGCAGAAAUCUUUGAAGAAUAACGGAAAAAGUAAAAAAUUACUAGAUUUCUUAUAACUAAAUUAACCGAGGAUAACGUAGAUAAUAUCCGAAAGAUUUAAAUUAUUGACAUUAGACAUAUUGAUAAUAUAUUAUAGUAUGGCCGAAGUUAUUACUUAAUUAUUAUUCAUACCAUAAAAUUAUUUAUUAUUAUUCUUAUUGUUGUAGAAGUAUAUUAACUUAUUUAAAGUAAGCCCUUUGAGAAAUUAUAUCUCGAAUACUUCAAUAUUUGAUCAAAUGAAAGUUAAAAAAAAUCACAAAUAUAAAUGAUAUGGUUAAUAUAGCCUUCUUUUUUAAUAAAAUAAUAUA